AUGAGCUUGCACGAAGACGACAAGAGGAUGGCCGAGGUCGACCGCAUCGCAGUCGCUCCUAAUACCCCGGACCAAGUUCCCAACCUGAUCUCGCAGAUCAACAGCUUUGGCCUAGCAUUUACUUUGAGGCAAUCCGGUGCUCGGCUGAAACUGGUGGAUGCUGCGGAAUCGUUGCUAGCUGCGGUCGAAACUCCACGAGAGACGAUAUGGCGGUACUUCCUACGAAGUUCUACCGGAUGGGCUGCCAUCGAGACAGCCAUUGACCUGGGCAUCUUUCGCCUGCUGGCUGAAGCUGGCCAGCCCAAGUCCGUCCAGGAACUGGCAAGCGCCACCGGGGCCGACCUCGUCCUGAUUCAGCGCAUUAUGAGACACCUGGGAGCCAUCAAUGUCGUUAUUGAGACGAAAACCGGCGAGUAUACUACCAAUGGCUUUUCUUUCACGCUCGCCCAUACCAAGUACUCCGACUCCUUCCCAGCAGCUAUUGGAUCCAUGUACCCUCCAAAUCUUACGAUUCCCAAGUUCCUUCGCCAAAACCACUAUCAGAAUCCCACCGACGGUCGCCAUUGUCCCCUUCAAAUGGCCUUUAACACUACAGAUGCAUUUUUCGAACAUCUCGCCCACAAUCCCGCCCUCAACACGCAGUUCAACAAUCUUAUGUCGGUCUACCAUCAAGGCCACGCUAGCUGGAUGGAUCCGGGUUUCUACCCGGUUGAUCGACUACUGCACCAGUUUCCGACAGGCAAUAAUGACGUGUUGCUAGUUGAUGUGGGUGGUGGGAAAGGUCAUGAUCUGAAUGAACUCUGCACCAAGUGGCCAAACCUUCCAGGAAGGUUAAUUCUGCAGGACCAGCCUGCGGUUCUGGCUGAGGCUACCGGCUUGCAUCCCUCGAUCGAGUGCAUGGCACAUGACUUUUUCACGGAGCAGCCAGUCAAAGGUGCUCGUGCGUACUUCCUCCACUCCAUCCUUCACGAUUGGCCGGACGAGCCUUGCCAUCGAAUCCUCGACCAGCUCAAACCUGCCAUGAUCCCCGGAAUUAGCCGGCUCCUCAUAAAUGAGUAUGUCGUGGCUGAGCAGGGGGCACACUGGCAGACGACAUCGCUCGACAUGACCUUAAUGGCGGCCUUUGCGGGGAUGGAGCGAACGGAAUCUCAGUGGCGGCGGCUAUUGGGGAAGGCGGGAUAUUGCAUUUUGAACAUCUGGACGGCGGAACGGUGGUCGGAGAGCUUGAUUGAGUGUGAGGUGGCUGUAACUGGUGAGAUUGUCAGACACAGACUUUGA